AUGGAUAAGCUCGUUGCCCAAUACUCGCGCCCUCCCCAUCAGAAUGAGAUGUACUCAGAGCAAGAGCAGCAGGACCUCACUGCGAGCGUCCCUCCACUCUCGCUGAAGUUCAGCCUCCCUCCUGUCGAUAACCACUCUGCUUUCCUGCGUGCCAUGACCGAUGACCACUCCAAUCCCAGCUGUCCUAUCAAGCUCGCUCACGGCACAACAACCCUGGCCUUCCGGUUCCAGGGCGGUAUCAUCGUGUGUACCGAUUCGCGAGCAACAGCCGGCAACUGGAUUGCCAGUCAGACAGUCAAGAAGGUCAUCCCUGUAUCGCGGUUGAGUCGAGGCGAGGACAAGAAGACGAAUGAACCGACGCCAGGUCUUCUGGGAACGAUGGCGGGUGGUGCAGCUGUAAGUUUGGACCGCAAGGAUGAUGACGAGUGA